AUGAACAUUUCUUCUAUAAUUGAUGAGGUCCGUAAUUGUAUGACCACAAAAUCUUGUGAUACGCUAUUGGUUAUUGAAGUAUAUGUCCUUUUGACGACGCUGCUAAUAGCCUUUCUAACAAUCUUCGGAUCAUGGAGGCGUCGUAGCCACAGUUUGAUGCUCAAAUAUUUGAUAUGGGCAUCUUACAUUUUGCCUCCGAGCCUGAUAAAUUACACCAUGGGCCUGACGGGAGAAUACCCUGAGGUAUUGUCUGCUGUUUGGGCGACGUUUUUACUUAUUACCCUUGGAAGCGCUGAUUGCAUUUCCGCUUACAGCCUUGAAGACAGUGAAAGUCGAAAGGCAUAUAACUUGCAACUUUUGGUUCUAUAUUGUUGGGUGGGCUGGCAGCUAGGUAGGUCUAGUCAUGACAUCGGAACAACUGUACUGCUCUCUGUCCUCUUUGCUUUGUCUUUGUUCAAGACAGUAGCAAGAAGUAAAGCUUGGACCAUGGCUAGCAGAUCAUAUGGUUUGGUGAGAAACACCAAACUACUUGCAGACUUCAUGGUAGAUGAGGACAAAGAAGAUGAAGCUGCAGAUCCUACUUGCAUGAAAGGCUACAAGUAUUUGGUGAAAGGCGAAAAGGCAAAGAUGAAAGUUAAAACACCACACUACCGCAUGCAAUUGGAGACUGUAGAUGAUCAUGAAGUCAUUACCAUUGAUAAGAUCUGGCAAUGCAAAGGAAGACUCUUAAGCUCCACUGGAGAUCCAGACGGUCGACUCAAGGAUAUUUGCCUUUCGUAUGCAUUGUAUAGGCUUCUCUGCCGUAGAUAUGCAGGAUAUCCCUUCUCUGAAAGCUCCCAACAGAAGACAUGGGAUUUCGUUCGAUAUGGGCUACUUUCCAAAGAAGGUGACGAUCAUGAGAGAGCAUUUAGAGUUAUUGAGGUAGAGCUCGCAUUUCUGUAUGAUCUCUUCUACACAACAUAUCCCGUCUUCUUUGCCCAUGGACUUCUAUGGUUAAGAAAUCUUGAGCUCGUUAUUGUUAUAAUUGGUUGUUUGUUGGUGGUACCCCUUCUAGUUAUGUUCUGCAGAGACAUGACUUCAGAUGAUAUUCCUGCUCUUCUUACUAUUAUAGCUAUAGUCGCUAUGCUUUUAAUGGAAGUUGGGCAAAUUUUUGUUAUCAACUUCUCGGAUUGGGCUAAGGUACAGUGGCUUUGCUAUUAUGUUAAAAAACCCGCAUUGCAGAAUAAGAAAUGCAUAGAGAUGAUCAUACGAAUUCUGUGCCAUAGGAAAGCGUUAAAACCUUGGGAUAGAAAGCUUGGCCAAUAUUCUCUUCUUGAAUCUUUUAAUCAUAACCCUUGCAUAUUUCUCCACAAUUCUUUGACCUCUGUUUUGAUAGAUAUUAACAAAAAAGGUCAAAAGCUAAGUGCUCAAAUCACAUUGCCAGUGGAGGUGAAAAAAGCAAUUAUUCAUUCACUAAAGACCAAUGGGCAGAAUCUAACAAAUGGGGUAGCUUCUCUGCGGCGAAACAAGGUUGAGAAUGAACUAUCAUGGGCAUGUAAACUUGAGACACAGUCACAUGUUAUCAUGGUAUGGCAUAUAGCUACUAGUUUUUGCGAGCUCAACUUCUCAUCACAAGUAAUUGCUACAGGAGAACAGACAAACCAACGAAGGGAAAGCAACGAUGAGUUCAUUGUGGCAACUAAGUUGUCUAAAUAUUGUGCCUAUUUGGUGGCUUUUGCUCCAAGACUUUUACCUGAUCAUGCAUAUACCACUGAAUUUAUUUUUGAUCAGGUAGUUGUUGAAGCCAGAGAGAAACUCAAGGGAUGCAAGAAAAGUAUUUACCAAAAGAUGUCGACUUGCAAAGAUGAUUGCAUGAAAAGAAUUUGCGAAACGAUGUUGACUUUAGGCAAAGACAAUCAUCAGGAAGCUAAAGAAAUUAUUGAAAGGGGUGCUACUCUUGCAAAGCAAAUAAAAGACAAUGGGCUGAAAUGGAAAAUUCUGGCAGAAUUCUGGGCAGAGAUGAUGUUGUUUGUGGCUCCUUCAGAUGAUGAAACUGCCCAUGCAGAGCACCUAGCAAUGGGAGGAGAGUUUGUGACACACUUGUGGGCAUUACUCUCCCAUGCUGGUAUACUCAAGCGAGACUCAACUCAGGAUGUUUGA